UAUAUAUUUUACGACAACUUGCCUAUUUGCGUUAAGUCCACAUGCCGGUUUUAAAACUGUCAACAAAUUUUGACAGGUUGCAUCAUUUAGCUCCUUUAUAAGUACAGGAACCCAUAUCGAGAUUAUAUACGUUUAGUAACGUAGCGGACCGUUUAGAGAGAAUGGCUCAGCGUAAAGGUACAGCAAAGCUAACAGAGCUGUUGUCUAUAGAACAGCAGAUGCAGAAGAAAUGGGAAGAUGAAAAAGUAUUUGAACUUGAUGCUCCCAAACCAGGAUCAGAGGAAGCUAAGAAAGAGAAGUAUAUUGUUACAUUUCCAUAUCCAUACAUGAAUGGACGUCUGCAUUUGGGACAUACAUUUUCCCUGUCAAAGUGUGAGAUCUGUGUUGGUUACCAGAGGUUGAGAGGAAAAAGAUGCUUAUUUCCAUUUGGAUUUCAUUGUACUGGAAUGCCAAUUAAGGCAUGUGCUGACAAACUAGCACGAGAGAUGGCAGAUUAUGGCUAUCCUCCACAGUUCCCAGUUGUCGAGGAGGAAGUUCAAAAGGUUGAAGAAACUGAAAUUGUUAUCAAGGAUAAAGCCAAAGGAAAGAAGAGUAAAGCACAAGCGAAGUCUGGUGGACAGAAAUACCAAUGGCAGAUAAUGUCAUCUCUUGGUCUGACAGAUGAGGAGAUUAGAAAGUUUGCUGACCCUCAUCACUGGUUGUACUACUUUCCACCAAAUUGUAAAGCUGAUCUGAUGAGAAUUGGUCUCAAGGUUGAUUGGCGCCGAUCAUUUUUCACGACAGAUGUAAACCAGUACUAUGACUCAUUUGUCAGAUGGCAGUUUUGGCGUCUGAAAGAAAGGAACAAGAUACAAUUUGGUAAAAGAUAUACAAUUUACUCCCCGAAGGAUGGUCAGCCAUGUAUGGACCACGAUAGGAGUACAGGGGAAGGAGUUGGACCCCAGGAAUAUACUUUGAUAAAGCUAAAGCUCCUGAAACCUUAUCCAACCAAACUUAAAUCGCUGGAGAAAAAGAAUAUUUACCUAGUAGCUGCCACUCUACGUCCAGAGACAAUGUACGGACAGACAAACUGCUGGAUACAACCAGAGAUGAGAUAUGUGGCAUGUGAGCUAGCCAAUGGGGAGGUGUUUAUUAGUACACAUAGAGCUGCCACUAACAUGAGCUACCAGGGUUUUACAAAGAACGAUGGUAAAGUGGACAUUGUUGCUGAACUGAUCGGACAGGAUAUAAUGGGAGUUGCCUUAACAGGACCUUUGACAGUAUAUGACAAAAUCUAUACACUGCCCAUGCUGAAUAUCAAAGAAGGAAAAGGAACUGGUGUAGUGACCAGUGUACCUUCAGAUGCCCCAGAUGAUUAUGCUGCUCUAAGAGAUCUUAAGAAAAAGGAGCCAUUUAGGAAGAAGUAUGGACUGACAGAUGAAAUGGUUCUUCCUUUUGACCCAGUACCAAUCAUAGAUGUACCAGAGUAUGGAGAUCUAUGUGCUGUGACAGCCUGUGAUCAACUGAAGAUACAGAGUCAGAAUGAUAAAGAUAAACUACAAGAAGCUAAGGAGAAGGUUUAUCUGAAAGGAUUUUAUGAAGGGGUGAUGAAAAUUGGAGAGUUCAAAGGUCAAAAGGUUCAGGAUGUGAAAAAAAAAGUACAGAAGAUUAUGUUGGAUAAGAAUGAGGCAGUAAAAUACAUGGAACCAGAAAAACAAGUGAUAUCACGAUCAGGGGAUGAGUGUGUUGUAGCUCUUUGUGACCAAUGGUACUUGAAUUAUGGUGAAGCAGAGUGGAAGGCAACUGCUAAGAAAGCUCUACAGAAUAUAGAGACAUACUCUGAUGAUGUGAAGAAGAAUUUUGAAGCCACUCUGGAUUGGUUACAUGAACAUGCUUGCUCCAGAUCUUAUGGUCUAGGUACUAAGAUACCUUGGGAUGAGAAAUAUCUGGUAGAGUCUUUGUCUGAUUCAACCAUCUAUAAUGCCUACUAUUCUGUAGCUCAUCUACUACAAGGUGGACAAUUUGAUGGUCAUAAAGUAGGACCUGCUAACAUCAGACCAGAACAGAUGAAAAACGAAGUAUGGGAUUAUAUAUUCUACAAGAAGGCCCCAUUUCCCAAGACUGACAUCCCGAAAGCAACUCUUGAUAAGAUGAAAGCUGAGUUUGAGUACUGGUACCCAGUAGAUCUACGUGUGUCAGGAAAAGAUUUGAUCCCUAAUCAUCUAACAUACUAUAUCUACAACCAUAUUGCCAUGUGGCCUGAUCAACCAGAGAAAUGGCCAAAGUCUAUCAGAGCUAAUGGACAUCUAUUGUUGAACUCUGAGAAAAUGUCAAAGAAUACAGGAAACUUCCUAACACUGUAUGAUGCUGUUGAUAAGUUUUCUGCUGAUGGGAUGCGCCUGGCGUUGGCUGACGCUGGUGAUGGUAUUGAGGACGCUAACUUUGUAGAGGUAAUGGCAGAGGCCGGGCUUCUCCGCUUGUACACGUUGCUAGAGUGGGUGCGUGAAAUGAUCACCAUACGAAGUUCUCUAAGAACAGGGGCAUUUACAUUCAAUGACAGGGUGUUUGAGAGUGAGAUAAACUUGAGUAUAGAAGUGACACAGAAACACUAUGAUGAGAUGAAGUAUAAGGAGGCCCUGAGAACAGGCUUCUUUGAAUUCCAGGCAAUAAGGGACAAGUAUCGUGAGGUAGAGAUAGAGGGUAUGCAUGCAGAUCUUGUCUUCAGAUAUAUUGAAAUACAGACACUGAUGCUGUCACCUAUAUGUCCUCAUAUAUGUGAACAUAUUUGGGGUCUACUAGGAAAGACAUCAAGUAUAAUGCAUGCAAGUUGGCCUGUGGUAGGACCAUAUGACAAGGUACUGAUACAGUCAUCCCAGUACCUGAUGGACGCAGCACAUGACUUCAGAAAGAGGUUGAAGGCUUACACAGCUGUAGGGAAGGGAAAGAAAGUGGUACCACCACCAACAAAUGCCACUGUUUAUAUAGCAAAGACUUAUCCCCCUUGGCAAAAUACAAUUCUAACUACUGUGAGAUCUCUGUAUGAGGAGAAUAAAGGAUUUCCAGAUAACAAACAAAUUGCCACUGCAUUAGCAAAGAAACCAGAGCUCAAAAAAUACAUGAAGAAAUCUAUGCCAUUUGUAAUGGUUGCCAAGGAGAACUUUGAGAAGCAUGGUAUAGCUGCCUUGAACUUGACCUCUGAAUUUGAUGAGCAAAUGGUCAUGAACACAAGUUUAAAUUAUCUGACAAACACUCUAGAGAUGGAAGGGAUAGAUAUACAGUUCUCUGAGGAAGCUGAUGGAGACAAGGUGAAGGACGAUUGUUGCCCAGGGAAACCAUUCAUUACAUUUAGAACUGAGCCUUCAGUUACAGUAAGGUUUGUCAAUCCCCAGCCAAGCAGUGGAUUGUUUGAAGUGAAGCUGCCUGUAUUCCAGGGAGAUUCUAUAGAAAAGGUCAAGGCUAGGCUAUUGAAAACAGAUAGGUCAAAAAUGAAAGAUGUGGCAACAAUAAAAAUUCUGAGACACGAGUCAGCAAAUAUGAUGAGGAAAAUACCCGACUUUGGUAAUCCUGAGAAAGGGAAAGUACUUUUAGGAGAUGGAGUUACCUUCUCUUGGAACAGUCCAGCAGACGAAGAAGUUGUUGUCCAGCAGAAUGGUUCUAAAGUUGCAAUAAAAGAACUGAUUUAUCUUGUACCAGUCUCAUGAAAAUUACUGAAAUAAACAUGACAUUGAUAGUUUCACAUUAGCAGCUUGCCGAACCCAACGUUUUCCUGUAAGAUCAUAUCAAGUACUUAAAAGUUUUGUGAUGAACAGACAAUUGGAUUUUUAUAAAUAAGAAAUAUAUAAAAGUAAAUGAUCUGAUAGCUCUGACAUUAGUAAGUUCUGUGAAUAAGUUUAUUAAUAAUUUUGAAUGAUAAAACACAGCUCGACUUAAACAAUAACAUGCUUGUUUGCUCAUGUAUAUUGCUGAUGGUUUAUUUUAAGUACACUAUUUAUUACAUUGUAUUGGCUCUCUGUAAGAUUUUGAUUAUGAUAUUUGUAAGAAAAUUCUCUCCAAAAAAAAUAAUGAAUAGUAACAGUCA